AUGAAAAAGAAGACAAAGAGGGGAAGUCGUACAUCCAGCGGAUUAAACGAAAGUCUGGCAGGUGGUUCUGGCGGCGAAACGAGGGACGAGCUGGCAGAAAUGGCGCGACCGACGCCAAGUGCAACGUUCACCAUACAACCUCCGGAGCCAUUUGAUUUCACCAAGCCACAAGAAUGGGAACGGUGGAUUAGGAGAUUCGACCGCUUUCGGCUUGCAAGCAACCUAAACGCAACGCCAGAGGAAAACCAGGUAAACACGCUGGUGUAUUGCAUGGGCGAUGAAGCCGAGGAUGUGCUAAAGGGGCUAACGCUAACAGCAGAUGCUAGGAAGAAAUACUCAGACGUGAAAGCAGGCUUUGAUGCAUUCUUCGUACCGAAAAAGAAUGUCAUAUAUGAGAGAGCCAAGUUUAAUCAGCGCGUACAACUGCCGGGGGAAACGGUGGAUUCCUUCAUCACUGCUCUAUACAGUUUAGCCGAACAUUGCAAUUAUGGACAGUUACAUGAGGAGCUGAUUCGCGACAGGCUGGUAGUCGGAUUGAGAAACGUGUCCUUGUCCGAGAAGUUACAGCUAGACAAAGACCUCACGCUCCAAACUGCCAUAGAAAAGACGAGGCUUUCGGAAGAAAUACGACGACAGCAGUCGGACCUGAGAGGUGAAAAUAGCGAAUGCCACAAUGUCGAUGCUGUGCAUGCUACCGCUAGCUACAGAAAGCCCAAAUUCCCCGCCAAGCUGGCACAGGCUCCAGGCAGAUACAAACCUGCACGAUCGCAGCAAAGUGCAAGGGCCUGCUAUAGAUGUGGGAAAACGCCAGUACAUGGAAAAGCAGAAUGCCCUGCGACAGAUGCUGUAUGUCACAGUUGUGGAAAGAAAGGACAUUAUAGCAAAGUGUGUAGGAACAGUGCAACUUCCCUGAAUGCUGUUACAGUAGAGGAAGAGGACAGUUUUUUCCUCGGGGCUGUGGAUGCUGGAAAAGAUCCAUGGACAGUGCAGCUACAAGUCAGAGACAAAAAAGUGUGCUUUAAGAUAGACACAGGUGCCGAUGUCACUGCCCUGCCGGCCGAGGUGUACGGUGACAUUGCUGGGGGGCUAGAUGUGACACGACUGGAGGCAUCAACACGCCCGCUCUUCGGACCUGGUGGCAAUGUACUCAAUGUCCUGGGCGUAGCUAGAGAGACACUGCGCAGAGGCGAGAAGAUGGCAGAAGAGGACAUUUAUGUCGUCAAAGAUCUGCACACUGCACUGCUGGGUCGGCCUGCCAUCCAACAGCUCCAACUUGUAAGCAGAGCGGACAGCAUCACCAUGGACACGGUGAAACAACAGUAUCCAAAGCUGUGCAGCGGCUUGGGCCUUGUGCGGAGGCCAUACACACUGAAACUGAAACCAGGUGCGGUGCCCUUCUCUCUUUCAACGCCUCGCAGAGUCCCUCUGCCACUCAUGGGAAAAGUGAGGGAGGAGAUAGGUCGCAUGGAGAAGAUGGGCGUGAUCACCAAGAUCGAGGAGCCGACCGAGUGGUGUGCCGGGAUGGUGGUGGUGCCAAAAAAAGAAGGUACUGUUCGCAUUUGUGUCGAUUAUACAAAAAUGAACGAAUCUGUGUGCAGAGAAAAAUUUAUCCUGCCAUCAGUUGAGCACACACUGGGCAUGCUAGCAGGUGCAACAGUAUUCAGUAAACUAGAUGCCAAUAUGGGCUUUUGGCAGGUGCCACUGACGAAAGAGUCUGCCAAAUACACCACCUUCAUCACUCCCUUUGGGCGCUACUACUUUAAUCGGCUACCCUUUGGCAUAGCUUCUGCCCCAGAACAUUUCCAGAGGAUGAUGAUGACGGAGGUGACCGCAGGCCUAGACGGGGUACUGUGUCACAUGGAUGAUGUGCUGGUAUGGGGACGGACACAGGAUGAGCAUGACAUGCGGCUACAUGCAGUGCUUCAGAAAGCACAAGAGACUGGCAUUACACUCAACAUGGACAAAUGUGAGCUCACACGACACACAGUCAAAUUCCUGGGCCAUGUGCUUUCAGCAGACGGCGUGAAGCCAGAUCCAGAGAAGACAAGCGCAGUACAAGAGAUGGAUCCGCCUAAAAAUGUCAGCGAACUCAGGAGUUUCCUGGGUAUGGUCAAUCAGCUGGGGCGCUUCAUACCUCACCUGGCUGAAAAGCACAAAGUUCUACGAGACUUGCUCUCCAAGAAAAACCACUGGUACUGGGGAGAAGAACAACAGGCCGCCUUCGAUCAGCUGAAAGCUGAGCUGUCAUCCACACCAGUGCUCACACUAUACAACCCCAACAGUGCAUUGAAAAUCUCUGCUGAUGCCUCUUCUUUCGGCCUAGGUGCGGUCCUGCUGCAGCAGAACAAAGAUGGCUGGUCACCUGUGGCGUACGCAUCACGAUCCAUGACACCGACAGAGCAACGCUACGCCCAAGUAGAGAAGGAGGCACUGGCAGCAACGUGGGCUUGUGAAAGGUUCAGCAGUUUCAUCCUGGGAAGACAAUUCGAGCUCGAAACCGACCACAAGCCGUUGGUGAGUCUGCUGGGAGGCAAAGCUCUGGAUGACCUCCCACCCAGAAUCCAAAGAUUUAGGAUGCGGCUUCUGAGGUACGACUACAUAGUCAAGCAUGUCCCCGGUAAAAGCCUAUGGACAGCCGACACCUUAUCUCGAGCUCCUCUGAGAUCUAAACAAACACACACAGACACAAGCCUGCUGGAGAACACCAACAUAUAUGUUGACUCUGUAAUCAGCAACCUUCCUGUCAGCGGGGACUAUCUGGCCAGCCUGCGCGAGCACCUGAAAGCAGACAGCACUUGCUCCACACUGAUGAAAUACUGCACAGAUGGCUGGCCUGACAAAAGCCAACUACAGGGAGAGCUGAAACGUUACUGGGAGGACAUGGCAGUACUGACUGUACACGAUGGCCUGCUGCUGCGGGGUACAAGGCUUGUCAUCCCAUCAGCGCUGCAAGGUGAUGUGCUGCACAGGCUACACGAGGGUCACCUGGGGGUGACAAAAUGCAGGGGCCGGGCCAAAGACACAGUAUGGUGGCCAGGACUCAGCAGCCAGCUGAACAACAUGGUGCUGAAAUGCAAAAUCUGCAUUAAAGAGAGACAGAACGUCAAAGAGCCGCUGAUGCCAACAGACAUGCCAGACAGGCCCUGGCAAACCGUGGGAGCUGAUCUGUUCACACUGAGAGGCAAGACUUACCUGCUAGUCGUAGACUAUUUCUCAAGGUACGUGGAAAUUGCACUACUGUCACCCACAAAAUCCACAGAUGUAGUGCUACACCUAAAAUCCAUGUUCGCCCGCCAUGGUAUUUGUGAAUUUUUUAAAAGUGACAAUGGGCCGCAAUUUUCAGGUAGCUAUUUUAAAGACUUUGCAGCCAAGUAUGGCUUCGUACACACCACAAGCAGCCCCAAGUUUCCUCAGAGCAAUGGGGAGGCCGAACGGGCUGUACAAACUGUGAAAAACCUAUUAACGAAAGCAUCAGACCCAUAUCUCGCCUUACUGGCCUACAGAGCAACCCCCCUGCAGAACGGAUACAGCCCAGCGGAGCUGUUGAUGGGGCGCCGCCUCCGUACUACUGUCCCCACUCUUCCGACCCAGCUGAACCCUGCUUUGCCAGACUACGACGAGGUGGGGGCCAAAGAAAAGGAGAAGAGGAAGAACGACGCAAGGUACUUCGACAAGCGGCACAGAGCAAGGACCCUGCGCCCACUCGUACCUGGAGAGGAUGUGUGGGUCACUGAUGCUCGAGUCGAGGGAACAGUGAUCUCACAACACAACACUCCUCGCUCCUACAUCGUUCAGGGGCCCCAAGGCACUCUGAGGAGAAACCGGCAUCACUUGGUGCCGCUGCAGACAAACAACGGGGUGGUCGACGCCGAGCCACAGGUGGAAGAGGAACCACCUACUCCAGAGGCCCCACCAGUGACAUCAUCUACCACCGCAGAGACUGUGCAGACCAGGGCCGGGAGAGAGGUGAGACCGCCACAAAGACUGGUAACACAAUGAGACUCUUAUCUG